UUUAGCUAUUACAGAUCUGAAUCAGUUAGUCAGCCCAUACAAAAUUAUAUUCCUAUUUCUUCCUUACAACAUCAAGGCCCAGUCGACACUUAAAAUAAAACUGCAUUCCCCAUGAAACAGAUCGCUUACAACACGGUCGAUUUUGCGAGUUAUUCGAAGCCUCAGUUUACGAUGAGUCUUUGAAUGCAGCAUAAUCUUCAUUGCCGUUGUGGGUCUUUUGCAUGGCUGCUUCAGCUACGUGCGACCCCUAUCUGCCAAAGCUCGACACUCCCCAUGGAGGAGAGGAGAAACCCAGAGAAGACGAUGCUGUCAUCCGUUGUCACAGACCUUAAUGAAUGACAGCAGCAUAAACAUGGAUUCAUUUUGAAACGUUCUUCUGCAACUCAUCUGAGCCGUGUUUGCGCUCUGUUUGGGCCGUUCAGGAUGAUGAUGGCGUCCCAGUGCACGGAACAAGCCGUGCAGGAGUUCCUGAUGGAGAGAGGAGGGAGGGUCCAACAGAUGGAGCUAAUCGAUCAUUUCCUAUCAAUUUGUGGGAAUAAUGACCAGCCGAAAGAAGGGGUGGAUCGUGAGGUUCUGAAACGCAUCGUGGACAGCGUGGGCUUUGUGAAAGUGGAAAACGGCGUGAAAUUUGUGUGCUUAAAUGCUGAUGGCAGCACGGAGUCGGUGAUGCGUACGGACAGAGACGGCCACGACCACGCCGAGUGCAACGGUAAUAUCCAGGAGACACUGGACGACGACGACUAUGUCAACGGCAACCCUGACAACGGAGCCCGAACAGGAGCAUCCAGCUCAUUGGCUGCCAGCUUGGACAAUGACCAACAGUCAAAUGCCAAUGAGCAACCUGCAGCCCCCUCCCAGAAUAACAAGAUGGGUCCAGCAACUCCUACUUCUGGAGGAACAGGGGAGGUGAAGCUGAGGGAGAGGAGGAGGCGAGAGUCGGCCCCAGUGAUCGGGGUUCCAGAUCCGGACCAGGCUCACCUUGCAGGGUCCCACAGCCAGCAGGUGAGGGGAGCACGCAGGGUGUCCAAAGGGUCCCAGCGGGCCAUGCUGGUCAGCUGCUUAUCUGAAGACAGCGCCUUGGAAGGGCUGGAACCUGUGGGAGAUAUCAGCACGCCCAAGGGAAGUCGCAGAAACUUCAUAGAGCUGAUGAUGAGUAGUUCUCCUCAGGUUCGGAGGUCCCUGAUCAACCGCGGUUCACGCCUGCGGGACUCAGUGAAGAGCGAUGGAGAUUCGACAUCGCUCCUCUCGUCAGCCACUGAUGAGGACUGCGCCUCAGUGACCCUGGACCCACUGGAACACGAGUGGAUGCUGUGCGCCUCAGACGGCCUGUGGGAAAGCCUGCAGCCGCUGCUCGCUGUGGAGCCUGGCCUAGUGACCAAGAGAGACUUUGUGACCGGUUUCACCUGCCUCCACUGGGCGGCCAAGCAGGGCAAAGCUGAGCUGCUCUCCCAGCUGCUGGCCUUCGCUAAGGACAACGCUAUACCUGUGAAUGUAAAUGUGAGAUCAAGUGCUGGAUACACGCCGCUGCACCUGGCAGCCAUGCACGGACACACACAGGUGGUUCGCGUGUUGCUGUCCGACUGGGAGGCAGACCCUGAGGCUCGAGACUACAGCGGGAGACGAGCCAUCCAGUACCUGCCCCCGCCGCUGGCCGCCGACCUGCAGCAGGAGGGGGUGGUCCUGUCGCCGGGAGCUGAGUCAGACAACGAAAACACUAAUGGCGGCAGUGGCGGGGGGCGCAGCUGGCGGUUUCCCAGAGUCCUCCCGGGCAAUCUGAACCCUCUCCGGCUCCUGAACCCGCCUGCGGAGGCGGCAGAGGAGUCAGCUGCGCCCGGGAGGACCAAGGGGAUGCAGAGGAAGUCUUCCCUGAGCCGUCUGAACGCGCGGCUGCAUCGAGGACGCCACCGAGCCCAGAUAAUCCACAGCGCCUCCUUCAGGGACGCGGGGGAGGUGGGAAGAGGAGAGGAGCUCCCCAGCAGCCCUCUCCGAGCCCGACCCCUCUCCAACCUGUUUGGAUGAGGUCACACAACUCUGGACCAGCAAAAUAGAGAUAUAAACCAGCUCGACUCACAAAAUACAGUUUACUACCUUUAUAAGCUGUCAGGUCGUACAUUUUUAGGACCAAAUUCAGAGUACACACCAUAAUAUAUAAUGUCAAGCUGAUUUUAAAGUUUUAAUAUCACAGAAUUUUAAAGGUAUAAACCACAAAUGUAUGUUUAUCUAAAAACCUAAACUUAUUUUUGUUCCCGUUGCAGGUUUAUGUUGAUCACUGAGGGCAGGCUGCAGUUCAUGUAGCUUUUCAUUUGCCACAGCACUUCACUGAGUGAAAAAAUGAACCUCUUCUCUGUGAAUUUCUUUUCUCACUUUUAGCCUCCGUUUUAGAGCAGGUAUCAAACAUAACACCGGGUGUUUGUAGUUCAAUACCUUACACUGCCACAACGUUUACACAAAGGCAAAAGCAACAGGCAGGAUUGUAUCGAGUUUUCACUUUAGGCUUGACUGGUGUCUUUGGUUUGGUUUCACACAGUUGUUUUUGGUUCGCAUAGUAAAGUAAUAUAUUCACAGAACUAAUUUUCUAUAUUUUAGCCUCCUUUGAUUGGAUGGUGCUGAUGUUUUUCGGAGGAAAUUUCUGCAAUGUGAAUGAAUCUUUUUUUUUUUUUUGAUUGUUAUUUUGAAGUAGCAGAUUUUUAGACUGUUGUAACCACAGAAUUGUUGUAUGUCCGAACCACCGUGUACGGCUGUCAUGUUUGCACUUGUCACUUUGAAGACAGCUUGUGAUUAUGGGAGGAAUCUGCUCAGACUAAAACCAUGCCAGCUGUUAUGGGCCCCAUGUAUAAGAUAUUGUACACGAUAUAAGAAGGUGAUGAAAUUAUUACACCUUUAAACGUACAAUGCACUGUAUCUCUGUGAGUAUGAAUGAGACAAUGUUAUUUUUCUAUACAGUUUAAUUCUGUUGAUCAGGAGGUGACGGGGAAGUAAAAAGUGUCGUUUGGUCGUUACAGCGGGGGGGGGGGGGGUUUGCUGGCUGUCAUGGCUUUAGUCCACGGCAGGGCUGCUUCACAAGGUGGAGGCGCAGGGAGAACUGAUGUUAUCUACGUGAGCUUUUCUACUGACUAUGAUGUACCUCAAAUCCUCUGAGUCUGGUUCACUCAGUUUUAAAUUGCUUCUUUCGUGGGGCCUCUAACAGCAGACGUCAAUGUUUUUGUCAUCCGAAAUCUAAUGUAGUCAAAAACGGUGUAGCGCUCGUUAGUUCUACAGUAAAUAUGCAAUCAAGCCGAACAGUUCACACCCAGUUUAUCGAACUGGACCAGAUUUUAUACUUCCUAAAAUAAACUGCCUAUAUUGGCCUCUUGUAUUGGUCUAACCUUGCAUGUGCAUACUCAUUUGUUCAUUAAUGAUGUCUUCGCUGGAUAGAAAGGAGUCCAGAGCAGAAUGUGCUGUAUGUUUACCUGAGGAGCACACGGACAUUUCUGACUGUUUUCCCAAAUAUGUGAAGCUUACUUAUACCUGAUUAUCGGAUCAACAAAACAUCUUAGAUUUCAUGAAUGUUUCCUCGCGGCAUUUGUGCUCAAAUCAUAGGGCUUCAUCGUGUAAUUGUAACAGUGGACACUUUUGAUGUAGAAAUGUAUCGUACGAACUCAUUUUGACGUUUUCAGAUGCAUGGGGGCUUUAAAAGCUGUGCGCUGUUCAUUUUCAUGUCUGUAAGUCAUUGUUUACUGUGAAGUUAUGAUGUGAAUACACUGUCACUGAGCCAC